GAGCUACCUCCCUUAGAUUGCUAACCGCGCUUGGUCUCCUGACAUCAAGCUGAAUACACCUCUGAAGCCUGAUGCCAAAGUUGCCAGGCCUGAAAGAAGCAAAUAUGCUAGAUCUAGAGAUAUCUACUAGAGAUCUCUAGUGAUCUUAAAACUCCAGAGUUCAAUGUCGACUGUGCCAUGACCCAAGAAGGAAUCCCUGUCAAGACUGUUGAUCUUAAAGAAAUAAUUCAUAAAAUGGCAGAGGCACAAUCACCGCCUAAAACAGACGAAGAAAAGCAAUGUUUGGAACAUAUAGCUGAAUCAAAUUGUGCUGACAUUUUGAGGCAAGUGAUCUACUGUAAAGUUGGCAGACCACAGUGUUCGUUGUUUUGUCGGAAAGUAUCUGAGAGACGUAGAACAUUCACAACCAAUCAACGAGAGAUACUGUCUUCUGGAAACAUUUCUAAUUUCGACGUAGCAUUGUGUAUACAAGUGGUCAGGCAGAUCAAUGGGAUAAACCCUAAUAAAGAAAGAUGGAAUUCCAAAGUUGCUGACGACAAUCAUACCCUGUUUGGUUCUCUACAGAGAAUUGCGCUGUUCCGUAAAAAAGUAAUUAUCUGUCCCGAAGAAGGAGAGUUCAGCUUUCAUGAACUUUUUCGUCUUAUAUCAACUGCUUUUCAAGAUAUCCAAAGAGAGAUGAAAUUUGAACGUGACUUUCAUGCAGAUCUGGAUGUCACAUGCGAUGAAUUACUUACACCAGUGUAUAAACGGUUGCCGUCACAAGUGGAACCAGAUGCUAUCAAAGAAGAAGACGAACACAGAGGCAAGAACGAUAUCGAUGAAGAGAUGGACUACAGUUGUUUGCACCGUAAUUCAUCCGGGGAGCUGCGUGCGAUUGACAAAGCAAGGAUAAGCCUGAUCGAGAAAUACAAGCACAGAUUCCGAUUAGAACUGAAUGCUCCCCAAGCUGACGUUAUGGUAGUAUACAGUGAGAAUGACCGUGAUGCUGCUGAAGGAUUCCGACAAAGUAUAGACGGCCGCGUUCUUAGUCUUGUAAACAGGAAGCAAGCAAAUGUAAAGGCAAUGCUAUAUGACAAGGAAGGAUUGGGGGAAACCAAAUUGAACGCUUUGGAAGCAGCUUAUAGCAACAGUACAUAUGCUUUUCUGUAUUUGACGAAAUCCUUUGUUAAAAAUGACUAUACUGCAUUAGUUGCACAGUCAUUACUUAUGGAGUCCAUUAACAGCAAGGACAAAAAAUGGCGGGUGGUACCAUUUCAUACAUCACCGCUUGAAAAUAGACCAUACAAAGUACCCUUGGGUAUCAACACCUUGAAGAGCCUGAAUGCUUGGAACCAGGAUAGAUACUACUGGGGAAUGAUGGAUGAUCUUCUAAGUGGCACAAUUCACGAGCGAGAAGACAGAGAAAUUAAAAUGUUUGAUAGGAAAUACGAAGAAGCCAUUAGUAUCCAAAAUGAAGACAAAAAACAUGAAGACUCCAUAGGUAAACUUGAGAAGCUCUCCUUGAACCGCACACAGCCGCAGCAGGAUCGACCUAGGAGCGUUGUGCAACCAAUGCCAAAGCCCGACGAUUCCGUGUCUGCGUCAUGCGACUCGUGCCAUGUAACUGACGAGCAGGAUUAAUAUUUCUUACGAUACCGACAUUCCGGGAAACACGCUAGAGGCAUGCGUUUCGGAAUGGAUAAGGAAUACAUUCUUUUUUGGACUAUUGCAUUAAAGUAAUAAAUGCAGUUUUUUUCUGGUAGCUGACCUUCAUUGUUCGACCAUGUAUACCAAAAUUAAAGGUAACAGUGAAAUGAUCACAAGAUUGGGUUUCCAACCUGUUGACAAAGUUUUCCUGGAUUAUGGUGUCUUGGAUGUGAAUCUGCCUAGUGAAUGACGUGGUAACUGUAAGAUAAAUGAUUUUAGUGGCCGUUCUGGAUUUGCAUGGAGCAUGACAGUUUGAAUACAUGUGUUUUAUAGACGGUUCAGAUGUGGUUAGAUAAAUUAUGUACAUUCUGUCACGAGGCUAAGUUAAACACGACGCGUGAUGAUGUAACCAACAAAUAUGACGUGUGAUGACGUAACCAACUGUUUCAUUCAUUCAAGCAACUCUGGUUGGUAUUUGCUACCUACUUCAUGAUAAGUGUUAUAAUGUCGCUGCAACAAAAAUAUAAAUACGUGAUUUAUUUCAUUAUGACAAGUGAGUACUUUGAAUUAAAUUGUACCAAAGUAGUGUUUUGUCAGUAAAUAUUUAUGAUUUUAUUUUUGCUCCAUGCAGCACCCUUCCAUUCGUCCUGGGCCAGAACUUCGCCAGCCCAGGUUUUAUACCUUGUUAUUUCGUGUAGAGGAGAUUUCGGAGUAAACAAGGGCACGACAAUGAGAAGAAAGUAGAGCGAUAUCAUUCAUUAAUUCUCACAUACUGUCACUCACUUAUUUCUUUCAUAAAAUCAUCCUUUCAUUCCGUAUUUUUUGUUUCAAUGUUUUGUUACCCCGUGUAAUAUAAUUUUUUGUUUCGGAGUAUUUGUGACGUUGACUUGUAACGUUUCACACUAGCUUAUGUGGUAAGAUCUGUUGAUUGAGUAUCAAAUUAUGGUUUAUAUCAUAUUUAUGGUGUUUGCUGUUACUAUGAGUUCAAACCUUCUACUUUAGUUACUUACAUACAUGUAGCAAUUUCUGUUUUCGAGAAAGGAUUUCAGGAAGCACAAUCAAUAAAAUAGGUUUUUAAAUCCACACAUUUUCCAAAUAGUUUACAAGCAAGAUUACCUGUUAUUUUCCACUUUUAAAGUUGCAGAAAUUAUUGGGGCAGUAAUGUUGUACAUGAAUUUAACAAUUAUUUUAUCUUAUGUUUAUUCAAUUAAAAAUCAUCCCAUGUUGAUUUUGUUAUUGGUUAGUUGACUACCUAAUUCCAUGAUUCAUAUAUUUUUGCUAUAUCAAUAUAUCAAAUGCAGCUUUACUGUAAAACUUGUUAAACAGAAUUGUUGUAUUAGAGGUUUUAUUUAAAACUUCAAAUUGUGUUACAUUGUGUAAUGUUGGGAGAUAUCAGACUAAAAUGAUGUUUAUCCAAUCUCUUUGCUUAACGUUUUAACUAGUGAUGAUUCUGUCUUUUUUUAAGUGUGUUUGAAUCUUUCUUUGAGAGAAGGAACCAGUCUUAAAAACAUCAUCGAGUAAACGUAUAUCCGACUUUAUCCUUUUAGUUUAAACGAAUGCUUUUUUUGUGUACUUUGGUGUUUUCCUUCCCCUAUAUUUGCUUUCUGAUUUCAAUUUGGCAUUUUUUUUGUAAUUUUCUUGUUUGAACCCCUUUCGUAGUAAUCCAAGCAAAUAUUACUUCCUGAUAAAAAAAAUUCUAAAUUAAGUAUACAAAAGUCUUUUCCAUAUUUACUAGUUUUCCAGUAAGCUAGGAUUCAUUAUUUUAGUGCCAGAAACCAUUUUAGAAGUAUGUUUCUCUGUCCGAAAAGAUUUCCCCUCCUCAUAUUAUAUUUCACUUGGGAGUUUUACUUACAAUUAUUUACAAUUUUCCCUUAUUCUCUUCCUGUUUGUUUUUGCCUUAUUUAGGUACGCAAAAAUUUGCUGUUAUUAUACAGUACAUAUUUUUUUUUAUACAUUUAUUAAUGUUUCUAUCGAUACAUGUUUGUUCGCUUCCCUUCCGCAUAGUAAGACAAUUUUUACAUUUGAUUUUUUCACUCAGAUAUACCUGGUCACAUCCAUGUUUGCUUUUACCAAAUUAUACACCUAGAGACUUCGUCAAUACUUCAGGCUAGAUGAUUUCACAUACAUUUUGUGUACAUAUUUUGUUUAAUCCAGAGACAAUCAGUUUUCCGUAUAGGCACGGUAGUUUAGUGGUUGGAUGCCGGGCUCGUGACCGAAGGGUUGCGGGAUCGAGUCAUGGCACGGCACUGUGUUGUAUCUUUGAGCAAGAACCUUUACUUUGCUUGUUCCGGUCUAAUAGGCUGUAAAUGGGUAUGUGGUUGGGCAGUGUUAGCAUUGUAGAAUGCUAGAGCUGUUAGCGCCGAAAUGGCAGCUGCGGUUGUAUGC